AUGGAGACACUUCGAUACAGAGUGGAACCCGGCGGACAUAGCGUGACUGCUUCUCAGCUCCUCAAAAGCGACUUGUGGUGGAACGGACCCAAGUGGCUGCAACACAAACCAAUCAACUACUCGUCAAGGGCAAUCGACAUUACCACAACACUCGAGAGGAAGCCUGACACCUCCUGCAAAGUUGCGAAGGUUGCGAAGUUCACUUUCGACGAUAGUAUACUGGGGAGGUUGUCCGACUUCGCAAAACUGACUAGAAUUGUGGCAUAUUGCCUUCGCUUUAAGUCACCAACUAUUGCAGAACCUGCAACCCUGACAACUUCGGAACUCAACAACGCUGAAAUGGCUUGUGUACGGUUAUCCCAAGCACUAUCUUUCAAAGAUGAGAUAGAAAGGUUGGACAAGGGACAACCAGUUCCAGCUACUUCAAAAUUAUUCCACCUGGCACCGUUCACUGAUUCUGAGGGGAUCCUCAGGGUGGGCGGAAGACUGCGACACUCACUAUUAUCGGACGAUCGUAAGCGUCCAGUGAUUCUAAGUCCUGACUGCAAGUUGUCCGAAUUGAUCGUAAGAGCAUACCAUUUGCGCACUUUGCAUGGAGGCAAUCAAGUAACCCAAGCAGCAAUCAGAAGACAGUACUGGAUAUUGCAGUCUUCCAAAUUGGUAAAAACAUGCAUCCACAAAUGCAUAACCUGUUUUAAAUCAAACGCAAAGCCAGGAGAACAGUUAAUGGGAGCGUUACCUGAAACACGAGUUACCCCUGGAAGAGCCUUCAAAACCUGCGAACUGGAUUUUGCCGGACCAAUGAAACUAAAAUGGUCAUCAGGUAGAGGCGCUGAAACGAUGAAAUCCUAUAUAGCACUCUUUAUCUGCUUGAAGACCAAAGCCAUUCACUUGGAGGUUGUGAGUGAUCUCUCUGGACAAGCGUGUCUUGUAGCAAUCAAACGAUUUGUGUUCAUGUUCAUGCAGAUGACGAAAACCGUUCAGUCCACGGUAGCUAACGACAAAAUCACCUGGCACUUCAUACCCCCGAGCAGUCCUCAUUUCGGAGGAUUAUGGGAAGCUAGGGUGAAGUCAGUCAAACUGCACCUGCAGAAAGUAAUCGGUGACAGCUUGUUAACAAUGGGGGAAAUGUAUACGGUUCUCACCCAGAUCGAAGCAGUUCUUAAUAUUCGGUCAUUCAUGCCCAUCAGCGACGACGUUAAUGAUCUGGAAGCACUCACUCCCGCGCAUUUUUUGAUUGGCAAACCACUCAUAUCAAUCCCGCAAGAAACCCCGAACGAAGAACUAAACCUGCUGAAAAAAUGGAAACUGACACAGCAAAUUGUAAAACAAUUUUGGAACCGGUGGUCAGAUGAGUUCAUCUCAAGGUUGCAACAAAGGCCAAAAUGGAUGAAGACAAAGCCGAACAUGGAACCCGGACAACUGGUGUUAGUCAAGAGCGAGAAUUAUCCUCCAUCAAAGUGGCCAUUAGCUCGUAUCACUGAGGUUCAUCCUGGUGCAGACGGUCUAGUUCGCGUAGCAGCAAUUAAAUUACAUGGCCGUACCAAGAGACCAAUCGUCAAGUUAGCGGCACUACCUAUUGAAGACCACCAUCCAGUGAACAUUCCAGAGGGUUCUAACAAGAAUGAACAUGCCUCCGCGAAAAAGCAGGACAGUCAACCCACUAAAGUCAACCGGAAACGAAGAUCUCAGCCAACAACUACAAGAGUUAAAUCAAACGAUGCAACUUCCGCUUCCCACCACAAAAUGGUACGACAUACCGUCAACAAAUUAAAUGUCAACUACAUUAUGCUAAUGCUAAUAAAUAUUAAUCAAAUAUAA